AUGAAUGACCUCAACUCUCCCCCAACCAAGCCAGACGAAUGGGAAUCCACUGCCCGCCGAUGGGGGGUAGCGGACAGAACAAUCCACAAGAUCAACCUAUACUCGGCUUCUAAAUUACAACCGGAGCAAUUCUUGAUGCUUCGCAUCUUGUGGCAAGAACUCGACUAUACUCAUCUUGACCUGGCGAAUUUUGGCCUGACAAAAUGGGUGGAAGAGGCCUCCCACAUCCUCCAUGGCUAUCAACCGUGGCAAGACUAUUACUCCAAAUUCAACGAUCGACGGCUUCAGGGGACAUUUGCUCUACCUCGAUUCUACCAAAAGCAAGCAUCUCGAGUCUCGCAGGACACGUGCAAAUUCGAUGUCACCGCUGUCCCAAGUCCAAUUUCAAAGCACACUCGCCAACAAGCAAAAAUAAACGCGGGAGUCAGCAAGCUAUCCCUCGAAACCCCGAGCAAGCAGCCAAAAACACCCAGAACCCCUACCUCUGGCUGGAGCCUUGAUGAUGAGCACGAUUUACUGGAAAGUGAUGAUACGCCUCCCGAACAGAGAUCUUAUGGGCCAGAAGAGCUCCUGGAUAAGGAUUAUCCAAAGACCAAAGACGAGCAGAUUGUCAAUACCGCACUCAUCGACUUUCUCAAUGCGUUUAUUGUUCACCUUGAUCUUCCUGUACAAUGGUCGCUAUACCGGAAACCUUUCACUGCCAAUUUCAACAUGGCCUCACUGGAGGCUCGCACCGAUGGCUGCUUAGAAGAGAACGAUGCUAAGGCGAAAGUCCACGCACUCGUGGAAGUCAAGCCACUACUGAGAAUUAAGGCUCCUCUUGCUAUCGCCAUGCAGGAGGCUGCUCAGAUGGUGGCCUGGAUCAAGAGUGUCCCGGAUCCAGUGGGAUUCAAAUACAGCUGCGGCGGCCGCCUGCACGUAUCGCAGGAUAGAAACGAGAUCUACAUUAUCUUUGCCGAGUACGAUGAAACCUACGUCAAAUAUCUCAACAACACUCUAGAGGAAAGAGAGAACCCCGGGUUCAUGAAGAUGCACCAAUUUGGUCCGUGGGAUACAACGCGAGCUUCGGACAUGAAGAAAGUUGGUCCGAUAUUGCUGGGAAUUGCUUUACGAGGGAGAGCAGAAUGUCAAGCUGGGAAACCUCGGCGGUAA